AUGGCAAAUUUAGCAGAUCAAGAACUUCAAGAUGACAAAGAGGCUCAAGUUUGGGAACCACCAAUAGAUGAACAAGAAAGAAGCGUUGCUGAUCAUAUUGACGAAAGUUGCCAUAGCUUAUUGUUCAGUAAACCAUGUUUCUUUGGGAGAUCAGAAGAUGCAAAAAUUCAAAGGUUAAAACAGCUAGCAGUAAUGCAAGAGGGUUUAAAUUCCAAAUUCAAGGUCAUUGUGAGUAAUCUUCUUCACUCGGAUGACGUCUCUCCCUCAUCCUCACAUUGGAUCGAGAUCAUCACUAAACUAUCAUGGGAGGCUGCUGAAAUUUCGAAUCCAUUUAUGAAUGGAGAUCCCAUUGACCCAAAUGCAUAUAUCAAAGUGAAAUGCAUAGCAACUGGUUCUUGCAAUGAAAGUCAAGUUUUUAAAGGGCUGGUUUUCACAAAACAUGCUGCUCAUAAAUACAUGAAAACUAAGUAUGAACAUCCUAGAAUAUUGCUUGUCAAAGGAGGACUGGGCCAGCACUUGAGUGGAUCAAUAUCUUCGUUCAACAGAAUGUCAGAGGAAAGAGGUUACAUGCAUGAACUUCGUUUCAUUGAAGAUUCCAAGGCUGAUGUUAUUUUGGUGGAAAAAUCGGUUUCGCGUGAUCUCCAAGAGCAUAUUUUAGCGAGAGGGCUUACAUUAGUGUCAGACAUGAAUAUCCAACGUUUACAAAAGAUUUCAUCUUGUACUGGUUCACCAAUUCUGCCUUCUGAUGCGCUGCUAAGUCACAACGUGCAGCGUUUUCGCUCUUUUCACAUUGAUAAUAUUUUGGAGGAGCAUAACCUUGCAGGUGAAAAUGGAAAAAAGAAGAGUAAAUCCUUGAUGUUUCUUGAAGGAGACCCAAAUAGCCUUGGAUGCACGAUAUUGCUUAAAGGAAGCGACAACAUUAACUUAAAAAGAGUAACAAGAGUGGUAGAAUAUUCGGUUAGAUUGGCAUAUCAUCUAACCCUAGAGACUUCUUUCCUCCUUGACCAGCAAGAAACGCUCUCUAAAUUCCUUCUAAGUCCAGAAAUGCUAUUUGACCCUAGAGUGUCGAUUUUUGCGAAGACAGGUGAUGAUAUUGAGCCUGACUUGGAUUCUCCGAGUAUAUUGGUUUUAGUGUCAAAGAGAAAUGCUCGUAAAGGGAUAAUAUGUGACCCGAGACGCUUUUUGAAUUUAAUGUUUUACCAAAACAUUGAUGUCCCCUUGGCGAAGUUCUUGAGAGAUUUGUUUAGCCAGGGAAGCCGAUGCAAUGCAUGCGAGGAAUUGCCUCAAGCACAUUUCUACUAUUACGAAUACCGCAAGAUUCAGUUAAGAAUUCAGUUAAAGCGACUCUCUGUGGGAAAAUGUUUGCCUGGUGAGACCAAUGGAUAUAUAUGGAUGUGGAGUCGUAGUGGCGUAAAUGAGGUAUCAAAAAGAGUGAUGAUGUCCAAUGCUGCACGUAGCCUCUCUUUUGCAAAGUUCUUGGCCCUCAGCUUUUCUCAACAAACUCUCCUUGAUAGCUUGUCGAGCUCUGGCCACUCUUUCCUUCAGUUCUUUGGAUUAGGCUACAUGGUUGCUAUGUUCAGUUACUCCGAUGUCGCAACUUACACAGCGGUUCUGCCACCGCCGAAGCUGGAUGUUAGAAUUUCACUAAAAACUAGCUGGCUCGACAAAGAAUUCCAAAAUGAAUACACCAUGAAUGGUUUUGAUAACGCGAAAACCACCAUAGGUGUUGGAUUCCACAAACUUCUUCGCCUUAAUCGUGUCCGGUGGGAAAUUUUUCUUCAAGCUCUCGUUUGGAACUAUCGGCUACAAUCACUGGUUUUACAUGACUAUGGUGCAUAUGUUAAUGAUAAUGUUUUUAUAGAAGUAUCCAGUGAUGAAGAAGUUGACAAAGAUGGUACGGUUAUUGAAGCCUCUAAUGAGUCAUGGUUUUGGAACUCAUUUGAAGAACUACGGUCGAAAAGCAUAGUUGAUAUUGAGAAAGAGUACAUGUCGAAAGCCGAUAUUGCUGGUAACUUUUCUCAAGAAAAUCUACUCGUAGUCAGUAAGAUAAUCACCGAGGAAGGCUCUCGGUUUCGUGUCUCUUUGAGAGAUGAGUAUUGUGUUGUGUCAGACUACGAAGAAGAGAUCUCAAGUUUGAUUGCUUGUGCGCUUGCCUGUCUAAGCAAUGAUGGAAAGAUAAUGCCUCUUACAAGAUCUAUAAAUGGAUCACUUGAGAAUUCAUUUGAGAAAGAUCAAGUUUCUAAGCAAGAUGUUAGUAGUGAAGGUCCAAAGUUUGAAUCAUUAACUUCUCCAGAGAUUCUUGUCACUUUUGGAUUAGCUGACUCAAAUGGAAAGGCCAAAUAUUCAGUUGUCUCUCUAUACGCUAAGGAUUUCUAUGAUUUCAGGAACCAUUGCUGCUUCUCAGAACUUGAUUAUAUAGAUUCAUUAGGUCGUUGUGAACCAUGGGACUAUGCCAAGGAGGGGAAGGAAAAAUCCAUAUUUUUCAAGACUCUCAAUGAUAGGUUCAUUGUCAAAGAGAUCCAAAGAAUAGAGUACGAAUCAUUUGUAAAGUUUGGUCCUGAAUAUUUCAAGUACAUGAAAGACGCUUAUGAAUUAGGCUCCCAAACUUGCCUGGCAAAGGUUUUUGGGAUCUACCAGGUGAUCAUAAGGCAGCCAAAUGGUCAUAAAGAGAUACAACACAACUUGAUGGUGAUGGAGAAUCUCAACUUUGGUAGAAAUAUUUCUCAUGAGUACAAUCUUAAAGGCUCUCUACUCACUCGGUUUACGACCACUACUGGUGAUGGCGCGGAAGAGGUUAUGCUAGGUCCUACAUUUUUCAAAGACAUGAAAAAUUCCCCGGUUUACUUCAGCAAAGACUCAAAACAUAAGCUCCAAAGUGCGGUCACAAACGAUAUUAACUUCCUACAUAGUAUAAAUGUAAUGGACUACUCGUUGCUCGUGGGAGUAGACUUGGAGAGGCGUGAACUUGUAUGCGGGAUCAUUGACUACUUUAAGCAGUACACAUGGGACAUGACCUAUCCUUGCUGUAUUCUUUGA